AUGGAGGAAAUGGUAAUUGAAAGGCGGGAAGGGGUUUUUGAAGAGAAACAAAUUUUGAGGGGGAUUUUUGAGUACAACAUCGGCGCUGGUCGCUUCAACAUCGGGGCUGCGCUUCGACAUCGACGCUGGUCGCUCGCUUCGAUAUCGACGCUGGUCGCUCGCUUCGACAUCGACGCUGGUCGCUCGCUUCGACAUCGACUCUGGUCGCUCGCUUCGACAUCGACGCUGGUCGCUCGCUUCGAAAUCGACGCUGGUCCCUCGCAAAUCGACGCUGCUCCCUUCCAAAUCGACGCUGCUCCCUUCCAAAUCGACGCUGGUCGCUUACAAUGGACUACACGA